AUGGGUCAACGAUAUCUCUUAGUCAACGCUGAUAAGCAAGAGCGUCAUGGUGCAGUCGACGGACAUAUGCACGAGUUCAUAUUCGGAGGCCUUGAGCCCGUCGCCAAACUCCUGACGAUACCCGUCCAGCGCCAAUCUAUGCCCGAAUCAUGUCUAUCGCACGAAGGCACGCAACGCUCAUCCCUGGGCUCGCUCUGCCUCCCCACGGAAUUACUAGACUUGAUCUUCGCAAGGCUCGAUAUCAUGGACGCGUUCUGUUUGGCCGUUGCGAAUAGCUUGUUGUGCGAGAUUAGCUGGAGACAUGUUUGUAGGAAACGGGACGCGUUGGUUUCGAGUUGGGCGGAUGAUAGGAUCGUUUGUCUGAGCGACUACGCCGACUCUGUGCCUCCACCCCUCUCUACGCCCAACCUAGCUACGCCCAAUUCAACAUCACAACCGACUCAAACCGAACUGAACUACACCUCCGCAUCCCGCUUCACAUCCGUCGGCACCGUCCGCAAAAUCGGCAUCCCCUCUAUCGCGCUCUGCGACAUCGUCCUAGAACGAAUGAUGAACGUCCGCGACAUUAAGCGCUGCGGGAUGUUGCUCGGCGCAACCGAACCAUGGUACCCUGCCGACCGGGCCUGGGCGCUGGCCAAUAUAUCAAGACGGCAAUAUAUCCUCGCGCAAGAUGUCGGGAUGUUGACGGAUCAUGUCGUCGAGGGGCCGUUCGUGCAGUCGGAUUGGAAUUUGGGGAAUGUUGUUGUUGCUCUUACGGCUUGGAGCGGGAGCGGGAAGGGGAGUGGGAAGGGGGCGGUGGGGUGCAGGAGGGUGGAGGGGAUGUGGGCGGGGGAGAGGGUGAGGAUUUGUACGGUCGAGUCGUUAGUGGGAGAUUGGGAAGAUGUUUCGAGUGAGGUCGUACCGCUUGUGGGACGGUUUUUGGAAGGGAUGUAUGCGGGGGAUGUGAUGGAGGAUUAUGCGGAUUAUUAUGGACCGAGUAUUUAG